AUGGCCUUCGAUCAGAACACUUUGCGAUCGCGCUUCUGUCAUGAGCUUUCGGAAAUGUACAAGAGCGAAGUCCCUCUUUACGGCGAUCUGAUCGAUGUAGUCUGGGAAGCAGACGCAAAAACAGUCCAAAACAGCCAGAACAUCGACGGUGCUCGCGUUAUAAACCCAGACGAUAUUCUACCCGCCCGGUAUCGGGUUGAAAGACACGGAGCAAUCCGACUGGGAACAGCGCAUGAGCUAGCUACAAUUCGUCGCAUGUUUGCUGUGAUGGGCAUGCAUCCAGUGGGCUACUAUGACCUCAGCCUCGCUGGAUUCCCCAUGCACGCUACGGCCUUCCGACCAAAUACCCAAGAGGCGCUCGAUAAGAACCCAUUUCGCGUGUUCACGACGGUCUUGCGAAUGGAUCUUUUGACAGAAAGAACCCGGAAACUAGCACGGAAAGCGCUAGAGCAAAGAGACAUCUUUACGCCCAGACUGCUUGCUCUGUUGGAUAUCGCAGAGAGCCAGGGUUUUCUGACACCAGAUCAAUGCACAGAGCUCAUCAGUAAUGGUCUAGAGACAUUCAGGUGGCACUCAAAAGCAACGGUCAGCCUUGAAGAAUAUGAGCAGCUUAAAGCUGAGCAUCCUCUGAUUGCGGAUGUUGUCUCUUUUCCAAACUGCCAUAUUAACCACUUAACGCCUCGGACGAUUGAUAUCGAUCUUGUACAACGAUUGAUGUUGGAUCACGGCAUGCCUGUCAAGGAUCGUAUUGAGGGACCGCCAAAACGAUCGUGCCCAAUCCUUCUGCGGCAGACAAGCUUCAAGGCGCUGGAGGAAACUGUAUAUUUCAGGGAUCCGUCUGGUUUCUAUGUGAAGGGUUCCCACACCGCACGCUUUGGUGAAGUGGAGCAGCGAGGCUACGCUUUGACUCGAGAAGGACGCCAUCUCUAUGAUCGAAUCUUGAACCAAGUCAAUGCAGAAGCUGCGAAGGAUGACUUGAAAGGAGAGGCCUAUGACAGACUACUAGAAGAGCGCUUCAAGGAGUUUCCCGAUAGUCUAUCGGACCUUCACGAUCUGAGGCUGGGAUAUUUCACCUAUCAGUUGACACCACCGGGCGAUCAGUCGGUUAACGAAAGCGUUGUAUUAUCGGAGCAACUUCCUUCAAUCUCACUUCAGGAUCUACUCAACAAAAAGAUCCUGAGUUAUGAGCCUAUCACAUACGAAGACUUCCUUCCUUUAUCCGCAGGAGGGAUCUUCAAUUCCAACUUGGGUGGUGUCUCCCAGUCCAAGCAACUGAUAAUGAGCGCGGAUCCGGACCUCGAUGGUUUCCAGCGGCUCCUUGGGGCAUGUGUUGCCGAUGAGUUCCAUCUAUAUGCCGAGAUGCAACAGAAAUCGUUGGAAAUCUGUAGGCAGAAACUGCAGUUGAAGAAGAUUAUAGUGUAG